AUGGAUUUUUGGAACAUUACAGAGAAUUUCUUGUGGAAAGAUUCUAAACACGUUUUAGGUAUCAAGUCGUUGUUACUUCACAAUAUUAAACCGUGUCUUUCUCAUCUUUUCCAAAAUGGAAAAUUUUAUAAAAAGAAACUCUUUAUUGCUGAUGUGCAAAAAGAUCAAAUUAUAGUUGAUAUGAAAGCAGGAAAUUGGUCUAGCUUAGCUACAGGCAAAAGUGGUGAUGUAAUAAGUCUUUGGGCUCGGAUUACUGGUCAGGCUAAACUUUCUAAAGUGAUUAACUCAAUAUCAGAGUGGCUAAAUGUUGAAAUAUUUACUUAUUUCGAUGAGAGCAGAGAAGAUAUUAUUUAUGUCUAUUUCUAUAAUACUAAUUGUUGCUAUACCUGGAACUCUAAAACGUGUAGUAGUGAUAUUUCAUUUCCAAAACCAUUGUUCAAUAUUCCUGAAAUCAUAGAAUCAGAAAGAGUAGUGGUAGUCAAAGGAGAAAAAUGUGCUAAAAGACUAAUGCAUCAAUGUAUUACUGCAACAACUGUAAUGUUCGGUACCGACAAAUCAAUAGAUGAAACAGAUUUUUCACUGCUUAAUGGAAAGCAGGUCAUCAUUUGGCCAGACAAUAACGAAGCUGGUAAACAAUAUGCUGAAAAAAUAGCAAAUAAACUUAGCCAUUGUUCUAUUUUGAACAUUCCUGAGGGCAAGAAAGAUGGAUGGAAUGCAAUUGAUGCUAUUGCAGAAGGAAUAGAUAUAAACCAAUUACUGAUAUCAAACAAUGCAGUAGCUAAAGACAACAUAUCUGCUUUUUCUGUUAAACAAUACUUACACGAUAAAUCACCAAUACCAAGAGAUAUAAUUUUUCCAAGAAUCUUAACCCCAGGAGGAUUACUAGUAUUUGGUGGCUCUCCUAAAGUGGGAAAAACUGACUUUUUGAUCUCUUGGCUUACAUAUAUGUCAGCAGGUAUUCCAUUCUUUGAUAUGGUACCAGCAAAGCCUUUGAAGAUCUUUUAUAUACAGACUGACGUUGGUUAUCACUACAUGCGAGAGAGGUUGCAGCAACUUAAGAUUGACAACAAACUUUUGAACCUAGUUGAAAGUAACUUUGCUAUUACUUCUGGUGCCCAGUUAUUACUUGACAAAAACAAUAUCAAUAAAGUCUAUAACACCGUAAAACAAUUCUUUAACCCAACAGAGGUAGACAUUAUCGUUAUUGAUUCUUUACGCAAUGUCUUCAAUUAUAGAAAUGAAAAUGAUAAUGACGUAAUGUAUGCCUUUUUGCAAGAUAGGGUAGAAAAGUUACGUUCUACAAUCAAUUCAAAUGCAGGUGUUAUAUUAACCCACAACAUCAAUAAAAAGCUUCCUAAAGAAAAUCCUUUUCAGAGUUUAAGUGGUGCAAGUAGUUUAAGGAAUGUAUAUACUUCUGGCAUGCUCAUGUUAAAGCCAAUAGAAGAGAAAAAUGUUCGUCAAUUGAUGUUUGAGUCAAAGAACGGUCAAUCCUUACCAAAAAAGUUUAUUAGUAA